UACCUGAAGGGGCUUCAGGAAUGCUGGAGAGGGACUUUGGACAAGGGCUGAGAGUGCUAUGGCAAGGGGCUAUGGCUUUGACCUGGGAGAGGGGAGAAUAAGCCUGAAGGGGAGGAAGAAAUUCUUGAGAGUGAGGGAAAAGGUUGCCCAGGGAAGUUGUGGAUACCCCCUCCCUGGAGGUAUUCAAGGCCACCUGCAUGAAGCCUUGAGCAACCUGGGCUAGUGGGAGAUGUCCCUGCCCAUGGCAGGAGGUUGGAGCUGGAAAAUCUUUCUUGUCCCUUCCACCCCAAGCCAUUCUGUGAUUCUGUGACACUGAAUUUGUUUCACGUUUUCCUAGGAGUUCAGAUACUGUGACGUUUUUGAGUCACUCCUCACUGUGCUGGGUGGAGGUGCCCUCAACGCCAAGAACCAUCUGGUGAAAAAGGGAACAGAGGCAGGAUUCACUUCCCAGUCAGAAAUACAGCAACUCUGCAGCUCAGCCCGGCUGCCCCCUGGAGGAUGCUCACUUGAACUGCUGCUGGACGUCGCAGAGCCGUCGAGGCAAGGUGCCCGAUGGCCCUGGGGUGUGUGGGAUUAUCGCCAGGGUCAGGCGCUCGGCGGCCUCAAGGGCUGUAGGACAUCAGGGACGCCUAGGGGAGAUGCCUACCAUUCCAGGGGAUCAGGAGACGAGGAACAUCGAAGGAAGAUGCCCUGCGUUGCCGGGAAGUGUGGUGAGUAGACCGGCAAGGGCAGGUGCCCAGCAAUGCGGGGGCUGGCUGAGAGGCGGGGUGCCGAAGGAAGAGGCACACCGGUGCCGGGGGUGCAGAGGAUGCUGGACGUCGAGGGAAGAUGCCCGACAUUGCCGGGGGCGGCGGGCGUGCGAUGCGAUGUGCGCGCAGCCUCCUCCCCCGGUGUCGGACGAGCACUUAUAUAUGCUUGCGAGGACCGCCCGGCGCCGCCGAGUUUCGGUGUCCCGGGAUGGAGCAAGACUCCUUCUCCUCUGAUCUCAACCUCUCCGCCCCUGGCUCCCCCCCGUCCUUUCCCGGCCCGCGGGCCGCUUGGGCGGGUUCCGUCCUGUUGCUGGCGGUGCUGGGGAAUGGGCUGGUGCUGCGGGGGCUGUGCGGAGUCCGGCCCAGCCGGCGGCGGGACCUGCUUCUAGGGCACCUGGCGCUGGCCGACCUGGCGGGCUGCGGGCUGGCGCUGCUGCCGCGGCUGGCGGCCGAAGGGCUGCUCGCAGGGGCCGCCGCCGCUUCUCCUCCGAACCCCGGCGUCUGCCGCCUCCUGCCGGUGCUGCAGCGCUGCGGGCCGCUGGCCUCGGCUCACGGGCUGGUACUGCUGGCGCUGGAGCGCCACCGGCCGAGGCUGCCCGCCCGAGGUCUGGCCGCGCUGGGCUGGCUGCUGGCCCCGCUUCUCGCCUUGCCCCAGGCAUUCGCCUUCCGACUGGCCUCUCGUCAAGGCGGGACCCGCUGCCGCAGCGUCUUCGAGGAGCUGCCGCGCUGGCACGGUGUGGCCUUCGCCGUCUACGGGGCGGCCACCGCCUUCCUGGCCCCCGCCGGGCUGCUGGGCUGGACCUGCGCCCGCAGUCUGACCGCCCUCGGGGCCGCCCGGAGGCGACGGCGGCGGCAGGGGGGACGGCGGCGGCCCGCGGCGAGGAGCGGCGGUGGGGUCCUGUCCCGGGGGCGGGCGGUGAGGCUGCCGCUGGUGCUGACCGCGCUCUUCGCUCUCUGCCGCCUGCCCCACUGCGCCGCCGAGCUCGGGCUGACCUUGUUGCCCGGCAGCGUGAGGCAGGAGGCGCUGCUGGCGACGGGCAUCGUGGAGGUGGCCAACAGCGCCCUUAACCCCUUCGCCUGCCUGCUGCUCCACAGCCGCCUGCGCCGGGGGCUCUGCGGCACCGGCACCAGCAAGGUCGCCGCCGCCGGGGUCUGCUGCCCCGGCAGCGGCGGACAAGGGCGGCGCUGGGCAACGCUCCGCCGGCCGCUGCGUCUCCGCGCCGGUACAAGUACCACCGGUACCCGCAGCUACCCUGGCACCUCGGGCGUCCCGGGCACUCCCGGUAGCCGCGGCAUCUCGGGCAUCCCCGGCAGCAGCUGCUCGCCUAGUACACCUGCCACUCCCGGCACCCGCAGCACCCCAGGCAUCCGCGAUACCAGCGGCAACCUGGGCACCUCCUGCAUCCCGGAUACCCCCGGCUGCGCCCGCAUGCCUGGCACCCGUAGCAUCCCCAGUACGCCGAGCAGUGCCGACACCUCAGGCAGCCCCGUUCCCAGGGGCUCUCCUCCAGGGACAGGGCUGGGAAGCGUUUAA